UCUAGUGGUAAAUUUCAAUGUGAAACAGAGAGACAGAAAACACUGUUGAAAAAUAUAUAGAGGGGAAAGUUCAGCCUCCAAAGUUUAAUGUAAAACAAGACUAUGGCGAUGCAAACCGGCGUCGCUGCAUCUAAGGUCCUUGUUCUCGUCGGAGCAGCAGGAGUGACUGGAUCUAUCAUCUUGAGGAGCGGGAGCAUAUCUGAUUUGCUCUCUCAUCUUCAAGUGUUGAUAAAAACUUUAAAUGAAGCUGAAGCAUCACCCGGGAAGUAUGAUGCCGCACUUUUAGCUGCUCAGGUUCGGCAAUUGGCUAAAGAAAUCAAGGAGUUAAGUUUAUCCAAUCCCGUCACUGUAUUUAAUGGGAAUUCAUCUUCCAGUGGUAUGUAUUGCUUGUUGAAUUUAGCGUAUCAUGUCUUCCAAUCUCACAAAUGUGCUUCCAUGGAGUGCGGAUGGUCAUUCUCGGAUAUGAUGUUUGUGACCAAGAAUAACAUGGCAAAUGCUGUUGCAACAGUGUCAAAGCAGUUGGAGAACGUUUCAGAAGCGUUGGCUUCAACAAAGAAGCACCUGACAAAGAGAUUGGAAAACCUGGAUUGGAAACUGGAUGAGCAGAGGGAAAUAUCAAAACUUAUUUCCAGUGAUGUUACUGGAGUGAGGUCUAAUCUUAAUCAAAUAGGGUAUGACAUUAAUUUGAUCCACGAGACGUUGUCUGGUUUGGAAGGAAAAAUCGAGCUUCUUGAAAGCAAGCAGGAUAUGACAAAUUCAGGUUUGUGGUAUCUGUGCCAAGUGGCAGGAAAUAUCCAAGACGGUCCAAAUUCUAAGGUUAUUCAGGAUGUUGGGGUAAAGCUAAUAGACAGGAAAACAGUGAUUCCAGAGAGGGAGAAGGUAAAGGGGCUUCAAUUCAUUGUUGGAAAUGAUGAGUUGAGUGCUAAACAGAAAACAACUUCAACUAAGGAUGGAAAAGGUGUUGAUAGUAUUUCUGCCGAGAAAGUGACUGCAGCAAAAAUGAGAAUCCACCGAUCUUAUCCAGUUGGGCUAUCUUUCGCCCAGAACAUCGUGGGUUAAGGUUCUUGAUUUUCGCGCAUAUUUUACUGAAUCAUGACUUAAUUUUUGGGAUUCAAAUCCAGGGGCCACUUGUGUGAAAUAAAUUGAGGGAUCCUAUGUGUGGCAAUUCAGUUUCCCAAACAUCGCUUUUUGUUCCAAUAGGGUUCGGUUUAUCUGUGAUAUGAUAUGCAUGUGGACACUGUACCCAAUUGUUCGUUGGUGCAAUUCAUAUGAAUUCCUGAAUGUUUAUUUAUUUUAUGUGAGGACAUCGCAUUUUGGGAGCCUACUAACGCGUCUUGUCAAAUAAAUCGGACUUGGAUUGGAUCCAUCAUCAGUUCGUCUUUUGUCUAAGCGUUUGUUUGGUUGCAUUGACGUAUUGGGCUAUCGAUAUAAUCCCAUCCCACUAUAUUUUUCAGUCUAUUGAAGACAUUAACUUGUUUGUUUAUAUUUCUAGAUAAUGGGAUAUCAGACCCAUUAUUUUGUCCAUUGACAUGUUUGUUUAGGC